AGCAAUGACGACCAAGAAGGAAACAACGGCUCGUUCUAUAUUUUAAAAUGUCUGUAGUUCGUUCGUAAAUCGGAUUCCUUCCACGGAGGUUCCGUGAGUAGCUCCACGCUUUGCGUUUUAUGUCUCUCAGUGCGAAUGAAGACGAAAGUCAAACUUAUUUUUAAGUUAGCUCAUGAGCGUUUUAGCUAACUUUCUAUGCCGUGUUUACAUCGGUACCCCUCGUUUGUCGCGCUUGGGUAGUUCAUCGGUUGAUCCACUUAAGCGUCACAUUUAAAGAUAGCUUUCGUCUGUAUGAUACAUUAGCUCAGGAUAUAUAUUAUUGAGGAUGUUGAAGUUCAAAUACGUGAGCCAGGGAGGCCUUAAAACGACGCCGACCUCUGCGGACCCCAUCACCAUCCGCAGUUCAAGACUCAACCAGCUGUUUCAGGGUCGCCUCAGCUUGAAUGGGCAGCAGGGAGGAUGCAUCUUGAGUCGGGAGGAGUUUGUGGACUCGCUGUUGUUACUGUACCAAGAGUGUCAAUCCCCUGAAUUGAUGAAGAUACAUCAUGUUGCCAACUUUGUAAACAAGUUUUCUGACGUGGUCUCGGAGCUCCAGUCCUUGCAGCCAAGCCUUCUCGACUUUGAGGUGCGCGCUGUGGUGGGACAAGGUCGCUUUGGCAAGGUUCAAGUUGUACGGGAGAAGGCAACGGGGGAUUUUUAUGCUUUGAAAGUCAUGGAAAAGACAGUUUUACGCUCUCAGGAAAAUAUGGUUUUUCAUGAAGAGGAGCGACGCAUUCUGUCUUUGAACUGCAGUCCCUGGAUCCCACAGCUCUUCUGUGCUUUCCAGGAUGAUGAGCAUGUCUAUUUGACGAUGGAGUACUUGCCGGGCGGCGACCUCCUGUCUCUGCUCAACCGAUACGAGGAGCAUUUUGACGAGUCCAUGGCUCAGUUCUAUUUGGCUGAGCUGGUGGAGGCCAUUCAUGCUGUCCACCAGCUGGGCUUUGUCCACAGAGAUGUCAAGCCCGAGAAUGUUGUCAUCGAUCGAACCGGUCACAUUAAACUGGCAGACUUUGGAUCGGCUGCCAGGCUCACGGCUAGCAAAACGGUGGCCACUCCCACAGUGCCUGUGGGAACCCAAGACUUCCUCUCCCCGGAGGUAUUGGAGGCCAUGAACGGGGGCCCUCACAGCACCUACGGCGUGGAGUGCGACUGGUGGUCCCUCGGGGUCAUAGCCUACGAUAUGAUCUACUCCAAGCUGCCUUUCUCUGACGGCACUUCAACGCGGACCAUCCACAACAUCCUCAACUUCCAACAUUUUCUGAAGAUUCCAGAAGAGCCACACGCCACUAAGCAGUUUGUCGACCUGGUGCUGAGUUUGCUGUGUGGAGCUCAAGAACGUCUGGGAUUCCAGGGACUCCGAUGCCACCCGUUUUUUUCCAGGGUGGACUGGAAUAACUUACGACAAGUUCUCCCACCUUUUGUUCCUGCGUUGCACGCUGAAGAUGACACCUCUAAUUUUGAGGAGCCGGAGCUGGCAGCCCCCCGGCCAGCCUCAGCAUCCAAGCGAGGAGCUCCCCCUGUGGGCUUCCAGGGCAAGGAUCUCCCCUUUCUAGGAUGGUUCUUCAGCAGAGCACUGACGACAUUGGCCAAAUCCGAGGUAGUCUCUGCUGGCCUCAACUCUCCUGCUAAGACCAACUCCAUGGAAAGGAAGCUCCACCUUAAAAGCAAGGAAUUACAAGAAACCCAAGACAAAUGUCACAAGAUGGAGCAGGAGAUCUCCAGGUUCCAACGCAAAAUGACUGAUCUGGAGUCAGUGCUCCACCAGAAAGAUGUGGAGCUGAAGGCCUCCGAGACUCAGAGGAGCAUCCUCGAGCAAGACCUCGCCACCUACAUUACGGAGUGCAGUAGCCUAAAGCGGAGCCUGGAGGAGGCACGCGUGGAAGUCUCUAGAGAAGAUGACAAAGCUAUGCAGCUGCUCCACGACAUCCGUGAACAGAGCAACAAGCUGCAGGAAAUUAAAGAGCAAGAGUACCAUGCCCAGUUGGAGGAGAUGCAAGUGACCAUCAGGCAGCUGGAGGAGGACCUGUCGGCCGCACGCCGCCGCAGCGACCUCUAUGAAUCGGAACUUAGAGACUCAAGACAAACCAGCGAGGAACUCAAACGAAAGGCUGUAGAGUACCAGCAGAGGAUUCAGAAGGCUAAAGAGCAGGGUAAAGCCGAGGUAGAGGAGCUUCUGUCCAAACUGGAAAAGACAAAUGCGGAGCAACAGGUGAAAAUCCAAGAGCUCCAAGACAAACUGUCAAAGGCAGUGAAAGCAAGCACCGAAGCCACUGAACUGCUGCAGAAUGUCAGACAGGCCAAAGAACGGCUGGAACGAGACCUGGAGCGCUUGCGAGGCAAAAGCGACUCCAGUGACACGCUCAAACGACGUCUGAGAGAGACAGAGCAGGAGGGUAGGAAGACCCUGGAGAACCAAGUGAAGAGGCUGGAGAUGGUUGAGCGCCGGGAGAAUAAGCUCAAAGAAGACAUUCAGACCAAAUCCCAGCAGAUCCAGCAGAUGGCCGAAAAGAUCCUGGAACUGGAGGACCACCUGAGGGAUGCCCAGUCUACAGCACAAAGGAUGGAAACUCAGCUUGUCCAAAAGGAGAGGCUGUAUGAAGACAAAAUUAAGGUUCUGGAAGCCCAAAUGAAGGUGGACCUAGCUGACAAAGAAAGCCUGGAGGCCAAAAGAGCGCAGCAAGAGGAGGAGUCGAGAGAGAACUGCAAACUUAUCAGCGAGCAGAAAGCGACUAUUAACGCCAUGGAUUCAAAGAUGAAGAACCUGGAGCAGCGCAUCGCUGAGCUGUCAGAGGCUAACAAGCUGGCUGCUAACAGUAGCAUCUACACCCAGCAGAACAUGAAAGCACAAGAGGAAAUGAUCUCGGAACUGCGACAGCAAAAAUUCUAUUUGGAGUCUCAGGCUGGCAAGCUGGAGGCUCAAAAUGCCAAACUGGAGGAACAUCUUGAGAAAAUCAGUCAGCAGGAGCAGACCAAGAGGACCCGUUUACUGGAGCUGGAGAGCAGGCUGCGGGAGAUGGGCUUAGAGCAUGAAGAGGAAAAACUGGAGAUCAAGAGACAGGUGUCGGAGUUGACCCUCUCCCUGCAGGAACGCGAGUCGCAAAUAAGCAGCCUGCAAGCAGCUCGUCUUGCUUUGGAGAGCCAGUUGCAACAAGCAAAGACUGAGUUGGAGGAAACCACUGCUGAGGCCGAGGAGGAGAUCACUGCCUUGAGGAAUCACAGAGAUGAAAUUCAACAGAAGUUUGAUGCCCUGAGAGACAGCUGUUCAGUGAUCACUGACCUGGAGGAGCAACUUACCCAGUUGAGUCAGGAGAAUGCCGAAUUAAACCGCCAGAACUUCUACCUGUCCAAGCAAUUGGAUGAAGCAUCGGAUGAGAGGGAGGACCAACUGCAGCUAAGCCAGGAGGUGGACCGGCUGAGGAGAGAAGUGGCAGACCGUGAGAUGCAUCUCAACAAUCAAAAACAAAACAUUGAGACACUGAAGACUACAUGUAGCAUGCUGGAGGAGCAAGUGGUGGAGCUGGAGUCUCUGAACGACGAGCUCCUGGAGAAGGAGAGGCAGUGGGAGGCCUGGAGAGGGGCCCUGGAGGAUGAAAAGAGCCAGGCCGAAAGACGCACCAGGGAACUGCAAAGAUUGCUGGAUAACGAAAAACAAAACAGGUUACGGGCAGACCAGCGCAGCACAGAGUCACGCCAAGCAGUGGAACUCGCAGUCAAAGAGCACAAGGCUGAGAUAUUGGCGCUGCAGCAAGCCUUGAAGGAGCAGAGACUCAAAGCCGAAAGUCUAUCUGAUACUCUCAAUGAUCUGGAGAAGAAGCACGCUAUGCUGGAGAUGAACGCUCGCAGCUUGCAGCAGAAAUUGGAGACGGAGAGGGAGUUGAAACAGAGGCUGAUGGAAGAGCAAGGGAAGCUGCAACAGCAGAUGGAUAUCCAAAAGAGCCACAUUUUCCGUUUGACCCAGGGCCUACAAGAUGCUUUGGACCAAACCGACAUGCUCAAGACCGAGAGGACCGAUUUGGAAUACCAGCUGGAGAAUAUACAGGCUGUAUAUUCCCAUGAGAAGGUGAAGAUGGAAGGGACCAUCUCACAACAGACCAAACUCAUUGACUUCCUCCAGGCCAAAAUGGACCAGCCCACCAAGAAAAAGAAGGGCAUUUUCGGGCGGCGGCGCGAAGAUGUCGGCACGACCACAAAUGGGGCAUUGACUCCUCAAUCUCAGCCGACAGUUCCCUUGCAGUACAGUGACAUGAAGCUUGCUUUAGAGAAGGAGCGCUCGAGGUGUGGAGAGCUGGAAGAGGCUCUUCAGAAGAUGCGAAUUGAACUACGAUCCCUAAGGGAAGAGGCCGCUCAUUUCAAAGCGCAGGAUCACAUGUCGACUUCCACACCAGCCCAGGCCCGCCAUCAAAUCCUCAUGUCGGCCAUUGUGAAGUCCCCAGAGCAUCAACCCAACCCUUGUGGGCUACUUAACCCCUCAACCCGUUCAAAGGAGUCUUCCACACCAGAAGAAAAGAGGAGGGUCACCUUUGAAAAGUUUGGUCGUCGCGUGAAGGAGCGAAUGCAUCAUAACAUUCCCCAUCGCUUCACUGUGGGUCUCAACAUGCGCGCUGCCAAAUGUGCAGUCUGCUUGGACACUGUGCAUUUUGGACGCCAGGCUGCCACUUGUCUAGAAUGCAACACCCUUUGUCAUCCCAAAUGCUCACCAUGCCUACCAGCCACUUGCGGCCUGCCAGCCGAGUAUGCCACCCACUUCUCGGAGGCUUUAUGCCGAGAGAAGGCAAGCUCCCCUGGACUCCAGGUCAAGGAAGCUAGUGGGCAUGUUCGCUUGGAGGGAUGGAUGAAGCAGCCAAGAAAUGGCAAACGUGGUCAGCAGGGCUGGGAGACAAAGUACGUGGUCCUUGAUGGAACCAAAAUAUCAGUUUACGACGCAGAGCCCAGAGAAGACUGUGUAAAUGCGGAGGAGGAAUUUGAGCUUUGUCUCCCUGAUGGAGAGGUAACUGUUCAUGGAGCUGUUGGGGCCUCUGAGCUCAUCAACACUGCAAAGUCAGACAUCCCUUACAUUCUGAAGCUGGAGUCACAUCCGCACACCACUUGUUGGCCAGGUCAGUCGCUUUACUUCAUGGCUCCCAGUUUCCCGGACAAACAACGUUGGGUGGCUGUACUGGAGUCUGUGGUGGCCGGUAGCCGCGGAGCUAAAGACAAAGGGGAUUCGGAAGCUGCAGGUGUUUCUAAAAGACAGAAGAACCUAUCACCCCUGGUUCAGAAACUUCUGGGCAACUCGUUGCUGAAGCUGGAGGGUGACGACCGCUUGGACAUCAACUGCACUCUGCCCCUCACUGACCAGAUCGUGCUGGUCGGCUCUGAGGAGGGCUUGUAUGCGCUGAACGUCAUAAAGAACUCCUUAACGCACAUCCCGGGCCUGACUGCCGUAUUCCAGAUUCAGAUCCUGAGGGAGCUCGACAAGCUAUUGAUGAUCACUGGAGAGGAUCGGGCCCUGUGUUUGGUGGAGAUCAAGAAGGUGAAGCAGUCUUUAUCACAGUCCCAUCUUCCAGCUCCACCUGACCUCAACCCCUUCAUCUUUGAGACAGUGAAGGGGUGCCACCUCUUCUCCUCUGGAAAGAUUGACAAUGGAAUUUGUAUCUGUGCCGCUAUGCCCAAUAAGAUUACAAUCCUGCGACUUAAUGAAAGCCUCAAUAAGUUCUGUAUCAGAAAGGAAAUCGAAACCUCCGAGCCCUGCAGCUGCAUCCACUUCACCGGCUACAGUAUUAUCAUCGGCACCAACAAAUUUUACGAAAUUGAAAUGAAGCAGUAUGUGCUAGAAGAGUUCCUGGAUAAAAACGACGUGACGCUAGCCUCCGCCGUGUUUGCCGCAUCCUCCCACAGCUUCCCCAUCUCUAUCAUUCAGGUCACCACGACUCCUCAGAAGGAGGAAUACCUGCUCUGUUUCCAUGAGUUUGGCGUGUUUGUGGACGCAUACGGACGCAGGAGUAGAACCGAUGAUAUCAAGUGGAGUCGCCUGCCACUAUCAUUUGCUUAUAGAGAGCCAUACCUGUUUGUGACCUACUUCAACUCUCUGGAUGUGGUUGAGAUUCAGGGACAUUCAUUUGGGUCCCACUCAUACGCUCACCUGGACAUCCCAAACCCACGCUACCUUGGCCCAGCCAUUUCUUCCGGUGCCAUUUACUUGGCCUCAUCAUAUCAGAACAAACUACGAGUCAUUUGUUGCAAGGGCAACUUGAUUCAGAACCAGGAUGGUGGAGGAGACUUGCAGCACUGCGGCUCAGGACGCAGCCCUAACAAACGCGGGCCUCCUUCCUACAACGAGCACAUCUCCAAAAGGCUGGCAACCAACCCCCUCACACACGGGGAGCCCGGCACACCCCACCGCUACAGAGAGGCCCGCACCGAGUUCCGGCGUGACAAGUCCCCCAGCCGUCCUUUGGAGAGAGAGAAGUCCCCCGGUAGGAUGCUGGAGAACCGGAUAGUGGCGUCUCCCGGCAGAGCUGUGACCGACCCUCGAUUAGAGCGCUCCCCAGCGAGGGCCAUGGCGGACCCCCGAAUGGAGCGCUCCCCGGGGCGUAUGAUGGAUGUCCGCAGGGAGAGGUCACCAGGUCGUUUUGAAGAGCGCCAGAGGCUUCAUACUGGUUCUGGACGCACGCCCAUAAACCCCGUCGCCAAGGUAUGGGACCAGUCGUCCGUUUAGGAGCCUCUUCUCCAACAGCGAAGUCUGUCUUGGGGAAAGGCUGAAGAGGAUAAAAUCAGAAAGCAUGUCACAAGGAAAUACUGCCACACGUUAGUUUUGAUUGGCAUCCAAGCAGGCAAGCCCGCCCAAGAAAGAACCAACAGAUUUCGGAAGUAAGGUAAUUUUUAGAUGGAUGUCCUAAAUGCCAUACGAACAACUUUUCAAGCAGGGUGUCUUUGCUGAGUUUUAGAGUAGCUCUGCUUUCAAUUGAAUGAAGUUGAAAAGAAAAAGAAAAGAAAUUUAAGGCAGUUCUGCUAGAAAAGCUCCGCUGUAGCAACGAAAACUCUCACGACCUUGGUAGCAUUUAAUUUCUAUGAGCAUCUGUGACUGUCAACACACAAUCAUUCAGAGCUAAUUACAAUCAUUCACUACUAAUCUUAUGUUUGACUUUGCCAAAUUGGUAUUUCAAAAAAACCUGAAUUAAAUCAAUAAAGCCGCAAAGCUGAUGUUGUUGAACCCCCCCCUCCCCUUCUCUCAAAAAAAAAAAAACGAAAAAAACUGCACUACCCGCAAUGCCGAGCAGCCGUGGAGCAGGACCUUUCUAAUCCUUCAGAAUGCUAUCUGACUGUAAAUAGAUAAGACAUAAUUUUAUAUACAUAUAUAAAUAUAUAUUGAGAAGGAAUUUCAAGGCUGGAUAAGCCGUGUCUAUUUUUGUUAAAGAAAAAAAGUGAUAACUUGCCCUCCUGAAUGUCUACUAAAUAUUCUUUUAAUACAGUAUGUCCAAAUGUCUCGCAAAGUAAGUGAUCGCCUCCUGGCUCUGACUAGUGUAGCGCCUCCAUUUGUCAAUGGCAAACCUCAAUUUAAAAAAAAAAAAAAAGGAGGGAGAUGAAAGCAGCAUUGUGUGAUUCUCCCCUAAGGCCUAUGAAACCCAAACUGGUAAACGUAGCAUCUGAAAAUAAUAUGAUUUUGUCAAUGGCAAUGUGAAAUCAACCAAUGUGUUUUCCUUCGCUUCUGCCUUGUUUGGGUUCUGUUUAAAUUCCAGCAUUCAUCAAAUGAAAAAAAAAAAAAACACCUUUGCGCAUUCUGUUUUAAAAGGCAAUCCUGAUAGUGUAUAAUUCCAGUGCAGCGCCCAAAUCAAAUAUUAUUGUGCUUAUUUUUGAUUUCCGUACGUGACCUGCUGUGACAUAAGUUACAUUGUGUUUACACAAAAUAGAUGCUGUAUUCUAUGUAUUUUGACAAGUGUCAAUUACUGAAGAUGAAGACUCUUCAACUUCAUGACGCCUUGAUAGUUUUUAAUGUAAAAGCUUCCUUGAAUGUAUUGACGUUGAUGCAAUUGGUCAAAAUGAUUUUUUAUUUUAUUUAAAGCAAUUAAUGAAUCCAAACACACACAUUCCUGCUGAUCUAAAUACAGUGAAGCUCCGCUCUAUGUGGGGGAUUGAGACCGAGCACUACCGGGAUUAGCAAAAUUCUGUUGUCAUAUUGAAUAAAAUACUUAUUUCCAACUGAAACUCCUUGACGCACGUCAACAGAUUUCUUUGUCAACGUGGCGCCAAAGCAAUAAUGUUAUUGCUUGCAUCAAUACUGAUUGCUUUUGCCUGAGUACCAAGAAAAAGAAUGUAGCAAAAUCCAAUUUCCAAAUUCCGACCACAUGGGGUUUCACUGUUUAAAAUAGGCUCUUUAGCCAUCUUCGUUUUAUUUUGAUACUUUUAAGUUGUAUAUUUCAUUUUUUUCCACUGAAUCAUAAUUGCUAUGAUGCUGGGUAUGAUAUUGAUGUCUGCUAACAACAAAUGUUUUAUUCUAGUUCCCUGUAGAGAUUUGGUCACCGAAUAUUAAAUAUAUUCCUUCACUUUUAA